CAUCAACCAGACAUUCAACUAACUACCACAACACACUGACACAAAGAAGAGAAAUACACAGGUUCUCUAUUUCUCGAACACUUUGAGAGGUGAAGAUUGAACGAAUGGCAGUGGUUAUGGCAGUUAGAUCUUCAGCCACUGCUAAACUGUCUCUUCCUUCUUCUUCUUCCUCUUCUCCUUCUUUGCCUUCCACACAAAAAGUUUCAUCCAAGCCUCAGUUGAAACCAAGUUCUGUAGUACUUCCAACUUCAACCACAGCUGUCUCUCUGUUGGCCCUCUUCAAUGCCCCCCUUGAAGUCAAAGCUCUCACUCUUGACAAAGACCAGAUUGUAUCCUCCCUCACUGAGGUGGAGAAAACAGUUGGUCAAAUGCAGGAAGUGGGUUCAAGUGUUAUAGAUACUACACAGAAAAUUCUCGAAGUUGUAGGGACUGCUUUGAAGCCAGCCAUUGACGUGGCAUUGCCGAUUGCGAAGCAAGCCGGAGAACAGGCAUUGAAGAUUGCUUCUCCAGUAAUUUCUGAGGCCACAAAGAAAGCUCAAGAAGCAAUUCAAGGCACUGGUGUUGAUACAGAACCAGUUCUCAGUGCUGCCAAGACAGUUGCAGAUGCAGCAGAAAAGACCACGAAGGUCAUCGGAGAUGCCAAGCCUAUAGCUGCAUCAACUGUUGAAACCAUCUCAUCAGCAGAACCUGUUGUGAUUGUUGGAACUGCAGGAGCAUUGUUUCUUACAUACCUGCUUCUUCCUCCCAUCUGGUCCGUCAUCACAUUUAGCCUUCGUGGUUACAAAGGUGAACUAACUCCUGCUCAGUCGCUCGAUGUAAUUACUACGAAAAAUUAUGUUAUGAUUGAUAUUCGAUCAGAGAAGGACAAGGAUAAGGCUGGGAUUCCUCGCCUUCCCUCCAGUGCUAAGAACAGGAUGAUUUCAAUCCCUUUGGAAGAGCUACCCAGCAAGUUGAGGGGCCUUGUCAGAAAUUCAAAGAAAGUAGAAGCUGAAAUAGCAGCUCUAAAGAUAUCAUAUCUGAAGAAAAUUAGCAAAGGCUCCAACAUCAUAAUCAUGGACUCGUACUCAGAUUCGGCUAAAAUUGUUGCAAAAACACUAACGAGGCUUGGCUUCAAGAAUACCUGGAUUGUAGCUGAUGGAUUUGCUGGAAGGAGAGGAUGGUUACAGAGUCGAUUAGGAACAGAUUCAUACAACUUUUCCUUUGCAGAGGUUCUCUCACCAUCCAGAGUCAUUCCUGCUGCGGCCAGACGUUUUGGUACAACUAGCACAAAGUUUCUGCCUGGUUCUGAAUAAAACUUUUUGCCCCAUCUGAUAAAAGAUUAAAAGUCACGGAAUGUUCAUUCUUGGUUUAGAUAGAAAUCUAUCAAAUGAUCUCCUGUAAUUCUUUGAUUAAUGUUGGUUGAUUGAUCUUUUUCCUCAUCAAACCCUGUCUACAUUCCAUUC